ACAAUCCUGCUCUCCGAAGCAACUUGUUAGUUUCGUAUUAUUCCACUAAGUCGACUUUGCAGUGCUCAAUGCAUGUUGUCUUUUAAAUAGGAAUAAGAUUUAAAGAAAUGAGUAAACCAAAUAUAAUACAAUCAAGAGAAGCUUUACUUAAGUCGUACCAAUUACGUUUAAAAGAAGAUGUAAAAAGUAUGCUGGAAAACUUUGAGGAGAUUAUUAAACUCGCUCGUGGUGAAGGCGAUUCUCAAAUUUCUAAAAUUACACUUUGCGAACAGGAUACUUUCGAAAUGCAAGUUCGGGCAGCAAACAUUGUUCGCGCUGGAGAAUCACUAAUGAAAUUGGUAUCUGACAUCAAACAAUAUUUAAUACUCAACGAUUUUCAUUCGGUUAAUGAAGCUAUAAUGAGUAAUUCGCACCUCUUUCGUACUACACAAAUUGAAUGCGAUAAGAAAUUAAUGAAACUUCGUGACGAAAUGGCGAUGGAUUUAUAUGACUUAGAAGAAGAAUAUUAUACAAGUAUAUUUAAAUGAUAUUAGAAUUAGUAAUAAAAUAAUUUAAAUAAUA